AUGAUUAAUGAUAUCCGUCCUGUUCAAGCCUCAAACUUAAUUGUUAAAUUUGCAGAUGACAUAAAUCUAGGGAUUAAGGUCACAGAUGAUAGUGACGCCUCUUAUAUGGAAACAAACAAUAUUAUCAACUGGGCGGAAACAAAUCGCAUGAAACUUAACUACAAAAAGACGUGGGAGAUGGUCAUUCGCGGUAAGAUAACCCGGCCACUUCCUGCGCUUCUGCCUAUGAUUGUUCGUAAAAGUUGGUUGAAGAUACUUGGUGUAACAUUUCAAGAGAAUCCUUCCAUGUGGGACAUGCAUUUAGAUGAAUUAAUGAGUAAAGUCUGUAGCAGAAUGUACAUUAUUCGGAUUUGCAAAUACUACGGGUUUUCUAGGAAAGAGCUGGAUCUUCUGUUCCAUAGUCUUAUUUUAUCAACAAUAGUUAUUGGUAUAGAGGUCUGGGGAUGUGCGUCGUAUUCUAAGUAUCUUAGUCAAGUAGAUAAACUUUUAAAACGUGCAUAUAAGUAUGGAUAUCUUAUGUAUCAG